CCAUUUUCUGUAUUUAGUUUAAUGGUCUCUGAAUUAAGUUACAAUUACACAACUGGUUUGUCUGACACAAGUUAAGUCUAUUCCUAAUAUUUUUUGAAGGAAUAUAUGACACAUGUAGAGAAUGAAACUUUAAUAUGGUGUGCAGUUUUUAAAAAAAAUAAAAUAUUCACUCGGGUCACAGUAGAGCCAAGAUUGUACCAUUAUUUGUUGAUGCCAAGACGACAGGUUUUCCAAGUACAUUAUUUAUUGAAGGUUGCAUGGUAAAAUUAGUUUGCAGAUUCACUGAGUCAUAAUCUGAAAAUACAAUUAUAUUUACAUCAGAGUAGGAACUGGGUAAGUGUCAGAUCGCCACCGCCGGAGUUCAAGGAUCAGUGUAGUGCAGUCAGCCUUGGUUAAUCUUGAAGGUGUCAUUUUUACCGUGGCACUGUGCAGCUCUGAAGGCAUUCUUCUGCUUUCCAAUGCUUUGGAAGUCUACAAAGUUUCAUUUUUGCUACAAAGUCAUCAGAAGGUAUCCCUGUUCCCUUCCAAGCAGACGACGGCAAGUUAAAUGAAGGUUCAGCUUAAGGCGCAGAAAUCAUGGAUUGAAGGGGUGUUCUAUAAGCGCGAAUGUGGAAAAAUUAUACCCAGUUCCAAAGAUUCACACAGGUGUCUUCCAGGAUGUCAGAUUUGCCAGAACCUGGUGAGGUGCUGCUGUGGACGGCUGGUUGGCGAUCACCCUGGCUUAGAUAACAAGUUACCAGUCUAUUUAUCAGCUCAUGAUGAUGGAGAGGAGGAGUGGUGCAUUGAGAAUCACACCAUAGCAAGUCCAACUGAUUCUUUUGGUACCAUAGACUUCCAGGAUGGCGCUUAUUCCUACCGUGCUAAGUAUAUUAGAGUCUCAUAUGACACAGAACUGCACCAGUUGCUUUACUUGAUGUUGAAGGAAUGGCUGAUGGAACUACCAAAGCUGUUAAUAUCUGUCCAUGGUGGUAGCCAGAACUUUGAACUUCCUCCAAAGCUGAAACUAAUCUUUGGGAAAGGACUUAUCAAAGCAGCUGAGACUACAGGGGCCUGGAUAGUGACGGAGGGCAUCAACACAGGAACUUCUAGACAUGUUGGAGAUGCGAUAAAAGACCAUACCUCCCCAUAUUUACGAAAGAUCUGCAUAAUCGGGAUUACACCCUGGGGAGUCAUUGAAAACCACCGAGAUUUGAUCGGACAAGAUGUAGUGCGACCCUAUCAUACGCUUGGUAACCCAUUGAGCAAGCUGACCAGUUUAAACAGCAAGCACUCGCACUUCAUCCUAGUAGAUGAUGGAACCGUUGGCAAAUAUGGGAAUGAAAUGAAGCUGAGAAGGAAGCUGGAAAAAUAUAUUGCACUUCAAAGAAUCCAUACUCGGAUGGGCCAAGGUGUCCCUGUGGUGGGGCUGGUGAUUGAAGGUGGACCUAAUGUCAUCCUGACCAUAUGGGAAUAUGUAAGGGAUACUCCCCCUGUGCCUGUUGUUGUAUGUGAAGGAACAGGCAGGGCAGCUGAUCUUUUAUCUUUUACUCAUAAACACACUGCAGAUGGUGGGAAAUUAUAUCCUGGCUUGGAAGAUGAAUUAUUAUUAAUGAUCCAGAAAACCUUUAAUUUUGGGCAGAAGCAAUCAGAUCAUUUGUUUAAAAUUCUUAUGGAAUGCAUGGAGCACAGAGAAUCAAUUACAAUUUUUGAUGCCGACUCCGAAGAACAACAGGACAUUGACUUGGCAAUAUUAACUGCUCUCCUUAAAGGUACCAGUACUUCUGCAUCAGAUCAGCUAAGUUUGGCUUUGGCAUGGGACAGAGUAGACAUUGCAAAGAAAAACAUUUUGGUUUAUGGACAACAUUGGAAGGUGGGAGCCUUGGAACAGGCCAUGCUUGAUGCUCUGGUAAUGGAUCGCGUGGAUUUUGUGAAACUGCUGAUUGAGAAUGGUGUGAGCAUGCAUCGCUUUCUCACCAUCUCCAGACUCGAGGAACUCUACAACACGAAACAAGGUCCAACUAAUCUUUUGUUGCACCAUCUGGUUCGAGACAUGAAACAGAGCAACCUUCCUCCUGGCUACAAAGUCACUUUGAUUGACAUUGGAUUGGUGAUGGAAUACCUGGUAGGAGGUGCUUACAGAAGCCUCUAUACACGGAAAUCCUUCAGACUCCUAUAUAAUAGCCUCUACAGACAACACAAGCGAGUUAGACGUCAUGCUGUCACCAGUCUCACUCAAAGCUGGAGCAACCAUUCCUUGAAUCAGAACAGAGAAACAGCUGCCAGAGUACAAAGUGAUGAACAGAGGCUUCACUCUCAGUUCAUUAGAACAGCUCAGCCAUACAAACGCAAGGAAAAAUCAUCUUCAAACAAUAAGUCAAAAAGGAACCAAAAAAACGGUUUGAGUUAUACAGUGGAGCACGAUUCUGCAGGUUUUAUUUAUCCCUACAAUGACCUGUUAGUGUGGGCUGUGUUGAUGAAACGUCAGAGGAUGGCCAUGUUCUUCUGGCAGCAUGGAGAAGAAGCCAUGGCUAAGGCAGUUGUGGCGUGCAAACUGUACAGGGCAAUGGCUCAUGAGGCAAAGCAGAGCAACAUGAUGGAUGACAUCUCAGAACAGCUAAAACAGUAUUCCAUGGAAUUUGGACAGCUUGCUGUGGAUCUUUUAGACCAAGCAUUCAAACAGAAUGAACGAAUGGCAAUGAAACUGCUGACAUAUGAGCUGAAGAAUUGGAGCAAUUCCACAUGUUUGAAACUGGCAGUGUCAUCAGGACUUCGGCCCUUUGUCUCUCACACAUGCACUCAGAUGCUCCUAACUGAUAUCUGGAUGGGACGGCUGAAUAUGAGGAAGAACUCGUGUUUUAAGGUCAUUUUGAGCAUUCUUCUACCUCCUACGAUUCUGAUGCUGGAGUUUAAGAGUAAAGCUGAAAUGUCUCACAUACCUCAAUCUCAGGAGUUUCAUCAGUUUGUUCGACAGUGCAGUGCACAAAACUCCAGCGCUGCUAGGGAUGAUCAAUCUUCUAUGGAGUUUGAUAUAGAAAAUGGCUCAGAAAAGAUUGUGAAUGAAAUCAUCGGUGCAAGACAGAAAGGACUCCCUUGGACGAGAAAAGCUUAUGAAUUCUACAGUGCCCCGAUUGUCAAGUUCUGGUUCCAUACGAUAGCUUAUUUGGGAUUCCUGAUGCUGUUUACUUACACAGUUUUAGUGAAAAUGGAACCUCUGCCCAGUGUCCAAGAAUGGAUUGUCAUUGUCUAUAUUUUCACUACAGCUGUGGAGAAAGCCAGAGAGAUCUUCACAUCAGAGCCAGGAAAGUUCAGCCGGAAGAUUAAAGUUUGGAUCCAAGAGUAUUGGAACCUCAAUGAUUCUGUGGCUAUAGUCCUCUUUGUUAUAGGGUUUGGCUUACGUUGGACUGACCAGCCAUUGCAGGCAGCUGGAAAGAUCAUCUAUUCCCUGGACUUUAUAUUUUGGUUUGUGAGGCUUCUGGAUUUCUUUACAGUUAAUCAGCAUGUAGGGCCAUACCUGACAAUGAUUGGCAGAAUGACAACAAACAUGUUCUAUAUAGUGAUUUUGAUGGCAAUUGUUCUUUUGAGCUUUGGAGUAUCAAGAAAGGCAAUACUUUCUCCAGCAGAACAACCAUCCUGGCGUCUUGCUCGUGAUAUAGUUUUCCAGCCUUACUGGAUGAUAUUUGGUGAAGUCUAUGCUGGUGAAAUUGAUCCUUGUGAAGAAGAUGCCGAUUGUCCACCAGGCUCAUUUCUUAACCCGUUUCUUCAGGCAGUUUAUCUUUUUGCACAAUAUAUUAUACUGGUCAAUCUACUCAUCGCUUUGUUCAACAAUGUGUACUAUGAAAUGAAAUCCAUGUCUAACAAACUUUGGAAAUACAAUCGCUACCGUUAUAUUAUGACCUAUCAUGAAAAGCCAUGGCUGCCACCUCCAAUUAUUAUCAUCAGUCAUGUAGCUCAGCUACUGAAUCGAAUUUACCAACGUCGAGCCAAAAAUGAGGUGGAUCAAGAAGAAGAGGAUGUUGGUUUAAAAUUGUAUUUAAGUAAGGAGGAAUUGAAAAAGCUUCAUGACUUUGAAGAGCUUUGUGUGGAGAAAUACUUUCACGAGAAGAAUGAAAAUCUUCAUUCAAGUGACAAUGAAAGAAUUCGAGUAACAACUGAACGCGUUGAAGAAAUGGCAAUGCAUUUGAAAGAAGUAAAUGAAAAGGUCCAUUAUGUCAAGGAAUCUUUGCACAGUUUGGACAGUCAACUUGGACAUCUACAGGAUCUCUCAGCCUUGACUGUGGAUACUCUGAAAGUGAUCUCUGCUGUGGAUAGUUUAAAAGUGGACGAUGCCUUCUUAGGGAGCAACACAGAAAGCAGUGACUUCCGAAAACUGCCACAUAGCUGGAGCAAUGUGGUCCACCUGAAUCCUUUGGACAAUUUUUCUGCCAAAGCAAAGCAAAAUUACUUUAGCACUCCACCUUCACUACUUCGGAACUUAGCAAACAGCCAAAAGCCGUCAGUAUGUUAUAAUAGUGCCAACAUUGUAGCUGAAUUACACAAGUCAGAAAAGCAGGAUGAGAACAAACUAGUAUCUUGUGCUGACCUACCUCGUCCCAAGAAGAGAGGGUUGGAAGGUGGUACUGUCAUGUCAGAAGUGUUAUCUGAGCCUAUAUCACCUCAUAAAUAUGCACAAUUAUUCCCAUUUCCCUCCACUGUUGUAAGUUCUAAGCACACAGAUCUACAUUUUAAUUUGUCGCUUCCAAGCUCCCCAACAUCAACCGAUUUAAAUACAAAUGCUCAAAAGCAGGAGAAGAGCCCAUGCAGAACACCAAUACAAUUCAGCUUUCACAACAUGCUCUCUGAUCAGGAUGAGGGUGUAAACUAUGGGAAGCAAUGGGACAUUAUUUGUAUGCAUCCCGAAAGGACUGAUGGAAAGGUGGAUACACUUUCAUUGGACCUACUGGCUUCUCCGUUUGUAAUUGAUGCUCCCCUGCUAUCAGAUAGUCACAAUAGAAAGACUCAGGGUGGCUAUGUCAACUGGGCAUUCAAUGAAGAUGAUGAGCCUGGGAUCUUCAGGGCAAGUUUGAGGAAUCAAAGAAAAAAACGUAUGCAUUCUUUAUUCAAUACUAACUGCACCAAUAGAGAUGAUGGGUCAUGCCAUAUUCAGGUCAAAAAGUCUCAUUCCUUCUCAUUCAAUUCAGACAGAUCUAAGCUUAACAGUGAGAGCUUGGAGUCUUUCUCCAAGCACAAAUACAACAGUAUUUCCUACUGGAUCAAUCCGCUGAGAAGGAACAGCUGGUCUUCUCGAAGAAACAGCUUAAGGUUCAGGAUUCAGAAGGAAGAACAUUUGUGGCGCAGUACAAAAAUAAAAGCCUUUAAAAAACCUUCAUACUCCAUGAGGUCAAAAACAAAACCACAGAAUUGUAGGAGAACAUGCUCCAGACGGCAAAAGAAAUCCCCAAAGCUGCAAGUACCGAUAAUCACAGUAGAUGGGUGUUCUCAGAAGACUUUGGACUCAUCUCAACAAAACGAUGCUGAAAGUGAAAAGAAUGUUGAAGAAAAGGAAUGUAACAAAAAUUGGCUAACUAUCUCCACUUUUAACCAAAUCACAGGUAAUGAAGCCGUCAGUUGUUCAAACCAAAACAUUCGUGAUCAGGGUGGCAGCAUGAUAUCGAAACCAUGCAGUGAAGUUGAAAGGACGUCAUUUGAGGAUCUGACUAAAGAUUUGUUUUUGCCGAAUAACCUAAGCAGGAAGUCAUCGUCAAAUUCAUGUGUUAUUGAUGGAUUUGUUACCUCAUUUAAAACCUCUCAGGAUCUGAACUAUCAUUACUCUGCUGUUGAAAGAAAUAAUUUAAUGAGGCUUGCCCAGACAAUACCAUUCACCCCCGUUGAUCUCUUUGCUGGUGAGGAGGUAACCAUUUACAAGUUGGAGGAGAGUUCACCAGUAAACCUGGACAAGAGCAUGUCCUCCUGGUCUCAACAUGGUUUGGCUGCCAUGAUUCAUGUCCUUUCCAAGGAAGAAAUGGAUGGAGGUCUUCGUCGGGCUAUGAAGGUGUGCUGCACUUGGUCAGAAGAAGAUGUGCUGAAAAGUGGGCAGACUUACAUCAUAAAGAGCUUCCUGCCAGAAGUAGUCAAAACUUGGCAGAAAAUCUUUAGUGAAGGAACUGUGCUCCAUCUGUGUCUGAGGGAAAUUCAGCAGCAAAGAGCUGCACAGAAACUCAUUUACACUUUUAAUCAAAUGAAGCCACAAACCAUUCCUUACACUCCACGGUUUUUGGAAGUUUUCCUGGUUUAUUGCCAUUCUGCUAAUCAGUGGUUGACAAUGGAAAAGUACAUGAAUGGUCAGUUCAGAAAGUACAACAACAACAAUGGAGAUGAGUUAAUUCCGACAAAUCUGCUGGAGGAGACCAUGUUAGCUUUUUCUCACUGGUCGUAUGAAUACACACGAGGGGAACUACUAGUGCUGGACUUGCAAGGCGUUGGAGAAAAUCUGACUGACCCAUCCGUUAUUAAAGCUGAAGAAAAAGCAUCACGAGAAAUGGUGUUUGGACCGGCUAACCUAGGAGAAGAAGCAAUCAGAAACUUUACAGUAAAACAUCAUUGUAACACUUGCUGCAGAAAACUAAAACUACCAGAUCUGAGAAGAAACUUUUAUAACCCAAGCAAAGUAAACCCUCCUGGUGAAGAUGAUCAUUCAACUGCUAAGACAAGUCUGUGACUUUUGGCUUUCUAUUUUUUCACAAGGAAGAAACCUAGAACCUACUUUAUGGAAAUGAAGAAUGCCUAAUCACAUGGAAUGUUUAACAUAAUAUUGCAAAAGUACAAACUAUUACUCAAUACCUAUUCAGCAAUUGUGAAACUGCCAUUGUUAGUAUCAUGCCAGUAAUGUUUAUACUUAAAUUUUGGAUUUG